GGCAACGUAUAGUAUUAUGUAACCUAGCCAUUUAAACAUUGGGAAAGAAACAGGGCAUCUAUUGCGUAAUCUUGAGCUAGCGUAAACCCAAGUCAAGCCUACCCGGCAGCCCGGAUGUAUAUACGUACACACAUAGUACAAGGGAUGAGGGCUGAAAAGUAUAUUGCGACAAUAAUGACUUCAUAACAGCAUUCAUACGUUAACACUAUUUUCUAUUUUUCUCAUUUUAUUCGUUUUCGCAUCAAUUGCCAUGUAGCGAAACGAAUAGCUUACCAUAUAGUUUAGGAGGAAUUCGGGGUUUAAACUACUAUAUAUCACGAUAUCACGAUGGGGGAAACAAGAACAAACUCGGAUCAACCUCAAUCUCAAUACCAGUCAGAUCUCAGCCUAUCUCAGCCUCAACAACGCUCUUCAAUUGGGUUUAUCGGCCGAGAAUGGUCGGCGAAUAAGAUUGUCCUAGUUUCUUUAUCUAUAGCAUCCUGCGCCAUCGUGCUAGGUAUAUCAAUUGCUCUCGCCGUCGAUCCCGAUGUCCAAAGCUACAUUGUCGUCUGGACGGCUCCGCAGGCCGGCGCGGCUCUGCUCUGGUCCGGCAUCGACCUCGCUACCACGUACGCGGGAAGAAUAAACCACCGGCUAAUCCACCCGGGCGCCCAGGUAGCAGUACAACUUUUACUAUGGAUGGGCUUCUGCGUUGGGAUUGGUUUGACAGCGUAUAUCUUGUCAUGGGCACUCGCCUUUUCCAGCUCGGACGAUCGCGAUGCUUAUCCUGAAUACUACGAAUAUUAUCAUGGCGAUAAUAACGACUAUUAUGAAUAUUAUAGUAAAUCCUACAUCCGGUCAAUGGAGGCCCUCGUGGCGUUUCUAGCUAUUUUGAUAAUUGUACAUUUUCUCUUAUUUUUCUCAGCCUCUAUGAAAGUAGCCCGGCGCAAAAAGAUGAGCAGCAAGCCUAUCACUAUACCUCUUCAGCGGUUGGGUCAGAUACCACCUCCGGGGCAUGAGAAGGAUAACGGAGACCGAAACAACACUAUAUAAUUUGCUUGGAUCCUGGGUAUGUCUAAAGGUCACGGGGAAGAGGCGUUGUAUGGGCAUUAGUGAAUUAGCUAUGCCGAAAGGCAAAAUUAUAUAGGAUGGUAGUGUAGUCUAAGUUCUAAGUUUGAGGAAAGUUAUGGAUAUCAAAGACGGUGGCAUUCUAUUACCUACCUCUUCGAAACUCAUCUUCGUAUAUUAUCCAACUGUACACCUGCGUCUAAAUAGAUGUAUCCUUUGAGAUUCCGUUACGAGACUAGAGUGGUUGUAUAGGUAGUCAUAAAGAUAUCAUACCUAGCUA